AUGGCCGAUCAGCUCAACAUGAACAAUCUCUCCCUGGGCGAGUCUCAGCACGCUCCCAGACAAAACGGCAACGGUGGUUUCGUCCGCUCCGCAUACAUCCCUCCCCAUGCCAGAGGCAGCACUAGAGGUCCUGCUCCUGGUCCUGGACCCAUGGACGGCGCGCCUCCCAUGAAUGGCCACUUCGACGGUCCUAGACCCGGCGGCUUCGCUUCCGGUCCUGCUCCUGGUGCUGGCCGUGGCGGCGGUGGCUGGGGCGGCGCUCCUACCUUCACCCCCAGAGGCGGCAAUGGCUUCGACAGAAACGCCUAUGGCAACCCCGGUCAGGGCGGUGGUCAACAAGCCCGUGGCUCCGGUGACGGUCAGUGGAGAGACGGCAAGCACAUUCCCGGCCCUCCCAACCCUCGCGUCGAGCGUGAGCUGUUCGGUGUCCCCAACGACCCCAACGUGCAGCACAGCGGUAUCAACUUCGAGAAGUACGACGACAUCCCGGUCGAGGCUAGCGGUGAAGGUGUCCCCGAGCCCGUCACCACCUUCGCCAACCCUCCUCUUGACGACCACUUGAUCAGCAACAUCGAGCUCUCUGGCUACAAGGUCCCCACUCCCGUCCAGAAGUACUCCAUUCCCAUCGUCAUGGGCGGUCGCGACUUGAUGGCUUGUGCCCAGACCGGUUCCGGAAAGACUGGUGGAUUCUUGUUCCCUAUCCUCGCUCAGGCCUUCGUCAACGGUCCCUCUGCCGCCCCCGUCCAGACCGGCAUGGCUCGCCAGCGCAAGGCUUACCCUACUUCUCUCAUUCUUGCCCCUACUCGUGAGCUUGUUUCUCAGAUUUACGAAGAAUCCCGCAAGUUCUCGUACCGCUCAUGGGUCCGCCCUUGUGUUGUCUACGGUGGUGCCGACAUCGGUCAGCAGCUCCGCCAGAUCGAGCGCGGUUGCGAUCUUCUCGUCGCUACUCCUGGUCGUCUCGUCGAUCUCAUAGAACGUGGUCGCAUCUCGCUCCAGAACAUCAAGUACCUCGUUCUCGAUGAGGCCGAUCGCAUGUUGGACAUGGGUUUCGAGCCCCAGAUCCGCCGCAUUGUCGAGGGCGAGGACAUGCCUUCCACCGCCGGCCGCCAGACUCUCAUGUUCUCGGCCACCUUCCCUCGCGACAUCCAGUUGCUGGCCCGUGACUUCCUCAAGGAGUAUAUUUUCCUCUCUGUCGGUCGUGUCGGUUCCACCUCUGAGAACAUCACCCAGAAGAUCGAGUACGUCGAGGACGUUGACAAGCGCUCUGUCCUGCUCGACAUCCUCCACACUCAUGGUGCUGGUCUUACCUUGAUCUUCGUCGAGACCAAGCGUAUGGCCGACUCGCUUUCGGACUUCCUGAUCAACCAGGGCUUCCCUGCCACCUCCAUUCACGGUGACCGCACUCAGCGUGAGCGUGAACGUGCCCUCGAGAUGUUCCGUUCGGCUCGUUGCCCCAUUCUCGUUGCCACCGCUGUUGCAGCCCGUGGUCUCGAUAUCCCCAACGUCAAGCACGUUGUCAACUACGAUCUCCCCACCGACAUUGAUGACUACGUUCACCGUAUCGGUCGUACUGGUCGUGCCGGAAACACUGGUGUCGCCACCGCUUUCUUCAACCGUGGCAACAGAGGUGUUGUCCGUGACCUUCUUGAGCUUCUCAAGGAGGCCAACCAGGAGGUUCCUGCUUUCCUCGAGACUGUCGCUCGUGAGGGUGGUGGCUUUGGUGGUGGCCGCGGCGGUGGUCGUGGAGGUGGCCGUGGCCGUGGUGCAACCGCUAGUCGCGAUGUCCGCAGCUUUGGUGGCGGCUCCCGUCCUGCCUACGCUGGCUCCCAAUGGGGCGGCAGCGGUGGUGGUGGCGGCUUCGGCGGCCAAUCCGGUGGCGCUGGCGGCUACAGCGGUGGCUCUGCUGGUGGCUACGGUGGCGGCAUGGGUGGUGGUGGCUACGGCAACCCCUCCGGCCCCUCCGGCCCUGGUGCCAACUCUUGGUGGUAG